AUGUUUGCACAAGGCCAUUCAUCGACAGCCAUGAAUCCAUCAAUUCUGACCCUCGUCUGGAUGAGUAUACUAGUAUCUCUAGUCCAAACUGUGUUUGCCGACGACGUCAUUAUGCAAAAAAGGUAUUUCGACAACGAUAAUCCGGUAGCUGAACCAAUCAGGAGGAAAAAACCAUUUUGCAACGCAUUUACAGGUUGUGGUCGCAAGAGAUCGGAUGAAUCAAUGGCCACUUUGGUCGAUCUUCGCUCAGAACCGGCUGUUGAAGAGAUUAGCAGGCAGAUAAUGUCUGAGGCUAAGCUCUGGGAGGCAAUUCAAGAAGCCCGACUUGAAUUAAUACGCCAACAAAGACAAAAUAAAGCAGAAAGAAUGGACGUGAAACCUUAUCCCAUUGGUUUAAGAAGAAAACGUCGAUCACUUGCCACCAGUGACAAAUGUUAA